AUGCCCGGAGCUAAGAGUCCGAACCUCAACUGGCGCGCCCUUGCCCUCGUCUCCAUCGCCACCUGCACGCUCACUGCCGCCAGUAUCCUUCUUCUCCUCGACAGCCGCCAAUUUCGAUCUUCCCGCCGCCGGAGCAACAAGAAUAAGCCUCAUCACUCCAGUUGCGAAACCUCUGACGACGACGAAGACAACAUGCCAGGACCAGUCGUGUACCUAAACAAUGCGAAUGCGUGUCUGGACUACGCGGUAGGCGCGGGGGGUGCCGAUGAAUUUGACGACGCUAAAUAUGUAGUAAAGCAGAUCUGCCCCGACUGGAUGGACGCUGCGAACGAUGACAUUUCGGUCAAGAUCAUCGUGGGCGGCAUCACCAACCGCCUCUAUCGCCUCAUGUGGGGGGACAAGGCGCGUGAAUCAGUGCUCGUACGCCUGUACGGCGACCACACGGAAGAGUUUAUCGACCGCAGUAUUGAGAACAUGCUUUUCGCGUUGCUGUCGGAGCGCGGAUUUGCCCCCACUUACUAUGGCCGCUUUAAGAACGGUCGUGUUGAAGCCUGGUUGGACGCCAGACCACUCGAGCCAGAGGAUAUGGGUCAGACUGAGCCCAUUAACUAUCUUCAGAUGAUCGGUCGCGAGUUGGGCAUCAUGCAUAUUAUGGACAUCCCCGAAGACCGUGCGCCUGUGUUGUGGACCAAGAUUGAGCGCUUCGAGAAGCUGGCGAUGGAGAUCGAGCUCGAGGAUCCGGUCAAGAACGCGGCGCUAGAGAAGCUGGAUCUUCCGAGUCUGCAUCAGAAGUUGGAGUGGCUCAAAUCAGUGCUUCCCUCGAACCAGAACCGCGAUGGAAAGGACCUAACGGAUAGUCUAGACACGGACGAGAUCACGAAGCAGGCCGUAGCUUUCGCGUCCGACAUCGUAUUUUCCCACAAUGAUCUGCUGAGCGGGAAUAUCCUCCAUAACCCAGAUUGGGAUCGUGUUCAGAUCAUCGACUACGAAUACGGAGGCUACAAUUACCGCGGAUUUGAUUUUGCCAACCACUUCUGCGAGAACUGCGGCUUCGAGCUGGACCUGGGGCUAUACCCAAGUAUUGACAAACAGUUUACGUUCUUUAAGGCCUAUAUGAGCUCAGCAGCGCCCAAAAUGUUAGCCCAGCUGGAGGCUAACCGUGAGUCCAAGGCCUUCUUCCACGCGUUGUAUGACGUGGUGAACCGCUACGCUCUUGCUUCGCACCUGUUCUGGGGCUACUGGGCCCUCGUUCAGGCGGCUCAUUCCAAGAUCGACUUCGACUUCUUUGAGUACGCAGCUAAACGUUUUAAUGCCUUCGACGUGCACCGCGCGUUCUUCAUCGGAUCUAGUUAGUUAUUGCACUACAUGCACAACUUAUGAAAUAGCAACAAUCCUGAGCAGUCGUGAUAGCAGAGUCCAUGUGAACGUCCAGUAAAUUGCGCAAUAAAUGCCUCUACUUUCCUUC